AUGUUCAGUUCAGCUGUACAUUUAGAGCUAGUAACUGACUACACCGCCGCCGCUUUCAUCACCGCUUAUCGCCGCUUCACUAGUCGCCGAGGAUCCCGCACAUUACGAGAAUUAUCAACCUUGAUCGCUCAAGAUGACACGAACUGGAAAUUCAAUCCGCCUGGAGCUCCACAUUUUGGAGGAAAAUGGGAAGCCGCUGUGAAAUCUAUCAAAUUUCACCUUCGAAGAACAAUCGGAGACUCGCUGUUGACGCUUGAGCAAUAUUCAACGCUACUGGCUCAAAUUGAAGCCAUAUUGAAUUCCAGACCGCUCACACCGCUGAAUGAAGAUCCUGCUGACCUGGCUGUACUGACUCCAGGUCACUUCUUAAUCGGACAGUCACUGACCGCUAUCCCAGAGCCAUCGCUGACAGAUUUACAACCUGCUCGGAUCUCGCACUGGGAACAAGUCCAGCAAAUGGUUCAACAUUUCUGGAAACGCUACUACCAGGACUGCAUCCACCGCUACCAGGCCAUUUCAAAGUGGCAUCAUCGACACAACCAGAUCAAGGUGGGUUCAGUUGUACUGAUCACCACUGAGGAUCUCCCGCCAACCAAGUGGCCAUUAGCCAAAGUAAUUGCUGUCCAUCCAGGUGAAGAUGGACAAAUCCGCGUAGUAACUGUUAAGACAGUUAACACAGAGCUGGUACGUCCAAUUACAAAGCUCUGUGUCCUGUCGCUAACGCAUGAAGAAGAUGAUCUUUUCGACGCAGCCGCCAACCCGGGGGAGAAUGUUCGGUGA